CGGGCAGUCCAGCCAAAGCAGUGUUUACAAGCAAGCCGACUCCGGAGAGCUUCAAGAAGGAACAGAAGAAGCCUGAAAACCCCUGGGAAUUACAACUGAGUGAAAUCUGUUUUAACUCCCAGCUGAGGCUUUCCAGAUUGUGACAAGUUUGAAAAUGACCUCGGUUAGCACUGUGUUUCCACCUGCAAAGAACAUUAUAGUGUACAAAAAUGGGGACCCUUUCUUUAAUGGGAGAAAAAUUGUAGUAAACCAGAAGCAAUUUUUAACCUACGAGUCUUUUCUUAAUGAAGUGACCGGCAAUAUCCACGCUCCCACCGCAAUAAGGAACCUGUACACGCCUAAAGAAGGUCAUCGUGUCCAUGAACUGAAUGACUUACAGAAUGGUUGUCAUUAUGUGGCGGCGGGCUUUGAACGCUUUAAGAAACUCGAUUAUUUAAACCCUGGAUCAAAAAAGGCACCAAACAGGAAAAGAGAUGACAUUCAGAUACAGACAGUAUACAGACUGAACGUCUCGGCGAAAUGGAGGAAACAAAUCCACAUGCCUGUGGUGAUAUUCGUGUUUCGAAAUGGAGAUUUGCUUUGCCCUGCUUUUCGUCUAAUCAUUCCCAAGAAUGUCCUGCACGACUGGGAGAAAAUCCUCAUAAUGGUUACGGAAAAGGCAAACCUGCGUACAGGAGCAGUCCAGAGGCUGUGUACAGUCGAGGGGGUGACUAUAUCAAGUGGAGACAAACUGGAAAGUGGACAGUAUUGUGUGGCAGUAGGAACUGAAAAGUUUAAGCAUCUGCCCUACAUUGAACUACUUGUGCCUAAACCACCAGCAUACAACAGCAAGCUUAGGCAUGCUGGAAAUAGACGUUUCAGAAAAAAAAAUGAGUAUAGGAAACCAGACAGUGUCCCGCAGGAUGGAGCCAGUGACUCUGCCCUCCUUCAUUCACCAGAAGAGUCAGACAUCCGCAGAGUGAAGUCAACAGGAGCCACAGAUGAACCUGGCAUCACCUCCUCCCCACCAGUGAUCAAAAGAAACAAGGACAAGAAUGGACCCAGGGAGGAGGACUCCAUAUUUUAUGCUAAACCUGUUCGAGUACGGAAACAUGACAAUAAUUCCAAACCAAGUAAUAAAACAGAAGAAGAACCUGGAGUUUUUAGGGGUAACCAGGAAAGGAAGGAGGCACAGGGAGCCCGAGAAGUACCAGAAGAUGAGAACACAAGAGUAGAGCUGCCGCUUGAUGAGAGAGUAGCAGAAACAGUGGAUGAUGAACUAAUAGCAAUGAAUGGAGACCACCAUUCAUUAAAGAAAUGGAACCCCCUCCAGAGACAGAGAAUUAGGUCUCGCAGGACUAAGCAGACCAUCACAACAAAAGUGCCCAAGCAAAUGCCUGAACAGACCCACAUCCAGUUCAGUUUAGCUUCAAAAAGUAAAGAGGUCAGUUUUUAAAAAAGCAAAACAGAUGUUUAUCAUAUGCUGAGAAUACAAAUGUGCUGUUAUACCAUUGAUGGAAGCAUUCUGUUGAAACACAAUAUUAUUUCACUGUAAAUAUGACUGUUCUUCCACAUGAUUACCUUAUGAUACCUGUAUCUCUGUGUAUAAAAUGACUGGUGUGUUUAAGAUAUGAAUUUUAUGUUAAUGUAAAGGAUGCGUCUCUCUUUUUUGUAUACUUAUUUUUUAUAUUCGUCCCUGUAAGGGUGACAUAUCAUCUACUUUAUGUUGUUUUGUAAUCUGGGCACAGCACAUCAUAAAUAUAUUGUGUUCAAGUUACUGUACUCCCAAGAAUAACUUAGUUGUACAAUUAAACAGCCUUAACAUUUGUUUUAUAUUGUACUGUUAUAUCAAACUGUGAUUUUCCUGUCUUAAUUAGCAUUUUUUCCACAAGCAUCGAUCAAAUGUGAACUUCAAUAAAAAGAAAAAUUUACAGUAUAAAUGAAAAUAAAGUUUUGUUUUUUACAUUUAUACAUUUUUGUUCUUGCUUACAUGCAGGAUGUA